AUGCAGCUUCAACGGAGAUGGGCAACAACCGGAGCAGGGGAUAAGCCCCCGGUAUCUGCUGUUGAGCCCACAGAAGCGGAGGAACGGGAGAAUACUGCCCAAGCCGACGCUUCCACCGAGCCCCUCCAAGCUGCAGAACCUGCCAAUGCCACGGAAGCAACAGAGGAGACCCUACCCGCUGCCGAGACCCAAGAGACACUCACAGCCAAGGGAAAAUCUGUGGCUAGGGAUGCUGCGCCCGCGGUCGCAGAGACUGCAAAUGCAACCGAAGCAACCGAGGAGGCUCUCCCAGCCGCUGAAACUGGCGAGAGGCUGGCGGCAUCUGCAGGGUCAGCACCAGCACAACGAGAUGCAUCCCACCCCGGCCUAUUCGAUAGAAAACCAACACUCUAUAUUGGCAAUUUGUUCUUCGACGUGACUGAAACGGACCUGGUCAAGGAGUUUGCACGAUUCGGAACGGUCUCUCGGUGUAGGAUUGUGCGAGACAGCCGCGGGCUGAGUAAGGGUUUCGGAUACGUCGACUUUUCGACGCAAGAAGCUGCCGACGCAGCCAUGGAACGACUAAACAUGUCCCUCUUUGAGGGCCGUCGUAUCACAGUCCAAUACGCCGCGCGCACCUCCAGUACCCUUGACACCCCGAAUACGGAGCACAAGCCUCUGAACCCUCCUUCCAAAACCCUCUUCAUUGGCAACAUGUCCUUUGAGAUGACGGAUCGUGAUCUCACGAAUCUCUUCCGCGGUGUCAGAAAUGUUAUUGACGUCCGAGUCGCCAUUGACCGCCGAACUGGCCAGCCAAGAGGGUUCGCCCACGCAGAUUUCAUUGACAUCAAGAGUGCCAUGGAAGCUAUGAAGCUGUUGAAGGAGAAAGAGAUCUAUGGCCGGAGAUUGAGGGUAGACUUCUCAUACUCCUCUGCGAGCAGAGCACCCAAGAACGAUCCUCCUGUUGAAAACUAG